CUCAGAUAGAAGUAAAGUCUUCAGCCAGUAUGCACACAACAGAAGAAAAAGCCUAGUGGAAAUUAAUACAAGGUGUGCAGAAAUACUCAAGAACAAACGGCUGGUAGCUGCAGACUCCUACAGACAAACAGACACAGGACAAACGAUUUAAUCAAAGAUGAACAUAUACCUUACUGCUCUUUUGACCAUAUUUCUAACAACAUAUCUAGUAUCAGCAAAGCAUGACCGGUGGUGUAGUCCAAACAGCAUACCCAGUGGUAAAUGCGGACGUCAUCUUGAUGAACUGUUAGGCACCACUUGUGGACGGGGUGGUUUCUACUCACCUGAUUUUUCAUCAGACAAUUUUCUUCCAGGGAAAAGAAACCCGCUUGGAGAAGUUCUUCUUGGAAAAAGGGAGGCCAAUAUGUAUCUGGAGAAGAGAAGGGACUAUUUCUACCAGGGUAUCGUCUGCGAGUGUUGUAUACACCAGUGUACUAUACUGGAAUUAAAGUCAUAUUGUACUUAACGUAUGAAUUUAAAUUUCUAUGUGACGUUUUAAAACAAUAUAUCAAAACAAUAAUCCCAAACAUCAGAUCAGAAAAAAAACAUUUUAAGAAACAAAAAACGCAACUGCACUCAUAGCUGUUUACAAAAUGUAAUAUAAACAUGUCAAAAUUUAUAUGUGGCAUAUGAUGAUAUGUUAAUGAUACACCAGCAUUUCCCAGGGAUAACAUACAAAUAAAUUGAUGAAGAAAAUUAAUCUUUAUUUAUUGAAACAGAAUGACAGGCUUCGAAUACAUGCAUAUAUGAUAUUUGUCUUACAUUAUGAUUACAAUCAAUACAGUGCGAUGUUAUUGUAGCAGUUUUAUUGGUUAAAGAUCCUGUAAAUCAAUUUUUUAUGGUUUUAUAUCAUAAAUCUGAUGCUCAAAUAAAGAUUUGUCAAUAUUGUAAGUACAAAAAAGCAUUAUUUGUAAAGAUAUUACCGAAUUUACGUUUCAUGUAAAUAAAGGGAGAUAAUUAGAAAUAUAUUUUCGAUGAAGUCUAAGCUGAAUUUUUCAAUAAGAAAUGAAUGCAUAGAUUUUAAUGAUUACUCAUAAUGCUAAUAAACAUUUACAGUUCAUAUUUAACAUAUUCAUGGAUGUUUGGCAAUAUUGUUUUAGAAGAAUAAUUAUAAAAAUGUACAUAUAUAUAAUCUCACUAAAGUGUUGUUACAUCCUUAAUCUUAGAGAUAUUUUAUGAUCAAAUUUGAUAUUUGAAAAUACUGGUAAUUGCUUUAUACUCCCUUUUGUAAAUGUAAAAUAAACAUCUUUAAAGAACACACAUAGUAUAUAGAUUACGACUUUACACGAUAUAGGCAAAGACCGUAUGAAUACAUUAAAAAGGACUAAAUUAACCUGACCAGUAAUAGGGACUGCAGCUUCACAAACAUAGUUUAUGCAAUCUGUUAUUUAAGUUAGACAUGUUCAGUAAGAAUUUUCUAGAAUUAAAUAAAUUUCUGCAAUAAAAGUAUUUUACACCCAAAAUGAGCAUAUUAUAUCUUGAAUUGUUUCAAUAUAAACGAAAUAUUGACAGAAUUUUAAUGUUAUGUUUUGCUAAUUAAUGUCAGUCUUUUAUACAUAGAGUUAAUAAACUGUUCAUUUAUAAAAUGUGUGAAACUUAAGCGGGGCCCUGAUAUCUUAAUUUAUUAAACAGUUCACCGAAAAUUUUAUCCUCACUGUUUUUUAACGCAUUGCUGAAUGAUAUGUAUAAGGAAGAAAUAAAA